AUGCUUUUCAAACAUUCAUUGCUUUUUUUCUUCCCCACCCCUCUUUUAUUCCUCCUGCAUAUUCUUUUUAUAUUUUCUUUUUCUUCUCUUUCUUUCAUUUCAUGUAUUCUUCAAUCUCUUCUUUUACACUCCAUAUUUCUUUUCUCUUUCAUAUUUUCUGUUAUUCAAUCUUCCUCAAACAUAGCCUUUCUUUUCUUUUUUUUUUUUUUUUUCCUCAAUCAUUUCUCUUUCUUUCUCCUUCUUCACUUUUCUCUUUUUUCUGUCUUUUUCUCUUCCUUCUCUCUUUCUGUUUUCUUUCACUUGAUUUUCUUUCUCUUUUUCUCAUCACAUCCUCUCUUUUCUUUCUUUUUCUUUUUCUCACUUUUUCUUUUUUCUCUCUUUUUUUUAUUUCUCUCUUCAUCUCUUUCUUCUUUUUCUAUUUUCUUUCUCUCUUCUUCAUCUCUUUCUUCUUUUUCCAUUUUCUUUCUCUCUUCUUCAUCUCUUUCUUUUUCCAUUUUCUUUCUCUCUUUUCAUUUCCCUUUUCUCUUUUUUCUUUGUUUUUCUCUUUCUUUUUUCUUUCCACUUUUUCUUUUCUUUUCUUUUUUCUUCUUUCUCUUUUUCCUUUUUCUCUCUUUUUUUCUCUUUUUUCUUGUUUCUCUCUUUAUUAUUUCUCUCUUUCCUCUUUUUUUCGUCUUUCUCCCUUUUUUCUUUUUCUUUCUAUCUUUGCUCUUUCUUCUUUCUCUCUUUUCUCUCUCCUUUUCCUCUUUUCAUCUUUCUCUCAUUUUUCUUUCUUCUUUCCUCUCUUUUCCUCUUUCUCGCUUUCCUCUUUCUUCUUCCUCUCCUUUUUCUGUCUCCCACCAUAUCUUCAUUUAA